AAUGGUGGCUUCUUAAAGCGGCAAAGCUACGCGCAAGAAAUAGGCCAAUUCGGCAGCUCAUUUCCUCCGACCCCCGCGUCUGCCGCCGACCACACACCAAACCCUAACCCUACCACCGCCGCCGCCAUGGCCGACCCACGGGUGUUCCCAUCGGGAUCAAACGGCCCGGAAGACCACGCCCCCGGCCGCCGGAAGUACAACCCCUACCAGGACCUCAACAUGCCCUACAACUACAAGAACCUCUACGACCUCCCCACCUCGCCGGAGUUCCUCUUCGAGGAGGAGUCCGCGGUGCAGCGCCGAUCCUGGGGCGAGAACCUCACGUACUACACGGGCAUCGGGUACCUCUCUGGCGCCGUGGGUGGCGCCGCCCUCGGCCUCCGCGACGCCGCCGCCGGCGCGGAGCCCGGGGAGACCGCCAAGAUCCGCGCCAACCGCUUGCUCAACGCCUGCGGCAGCUCCGGCCGACGUUACGGCAACAGGCUCGGGGUCAUUGGGCUGAUGUACGCCGGGAUGGAGAGCGGCAUGGUCGCGGCGCGCGACCAAGACGACUGGAUCAAUAGCGUCGCCGCCGGGCUCGGCACCGGCGCACUCUUCCGCGCCGCUAACGGUCCACGGUCUGCCGCCGUCGCGGGCGCCGUCGGCGGGGUCCUUGCUGCCGCCGCCUUGGCCGGGAAGCAGUUUGCGAAGCGAUACGUGCAGGCGAUAUGAAUCUCUCCUGUUCACUCAGAUCAAUUGAUCAGAUCAGUCAGUCGCCAGUAAUGAAUUUUUGUUUGUUCUCCAGCUUCUCUGCUCCACUAGAGAAUGCAUAAUAUUUAUGCUAUGUUAGUCGCAUUUACACAAUCAGAAUGCCGAAUUUUGGCUUUGUUGCAACGUAAUAGCAGGUGGGAUGCCAGCAUAACCCUCUGAUCCAAAAUAAGUGUCGUGGUCUUGAACUAACCCAGUUUAAAGCUGGGACGCUUAUUAUUGUUCGGAGGUGGUACAUUUUUCGGGUGUUGCUGAGCAGUAAGAGUUGAUCCGAGAUUUUGCAACGAUUACAGUUGUGAAACAUGGUACAGUAUUUGGUAACAAUGUUAUUUAGUUUGAUGA